UCCCCGCGCGGGCGGCGGCCGCUGCCAGGAUGCCUCGGGAGCGCGGCGGCGGCUGGUGGCUGCUCCCCGCGCUGCUGCUCCUGCCGCCGCUUUGCGCGCCGGCUUUGGCUAUAAGUGUAACUGCUGAAGAUGCAGAGGAACAGAUUGAGCAACUGGUAUCACAGGAGUCUGGAAAAAGUGGAAAAUCAAAUCAUAUAAACAUAGAAUUACAAGAAAUUGUAUUUGUCAUCCAGAGUCAGAGUAACUCUUUUCAUUCAAAAAGAGCAGAAGAUUUAGAGCGCAAUAUUUUAAAACAGGCUGAAGAGCUUGGAAAGGAAUUACCUAGAGUUCUGCUUAUUCAUCAGAUGGAUAGACAUGAUGGUGCAUGGACUAUACUACCAUUAAUGCAAGACUUCUCUGCUUCCUAUGGUAGAAACUCCUCAUGGAUUUUCUUCUGUGAAGAAGAUACAAGAAUACAAAUUGUUAAACUGCUGGAAACACUUCGAAGAUUUGACAAGUCUAAGGAAUGGUUCUUAGGAAAAGCAUUAUACGAUCAAGAAUCUACAAUAAUACAUCAUUAUGCCUUUGCUGAAAAUCCUACAGUCUUUAAAUUUCCAGAUUUUGCUGCUGGCUGGGCACUUAGCAUUCCACUUGUAAACAAGCUUGCAAACAGGCUGAAGAGUGAACCACUUAAGUCAGACUUUACAAUAGAUUUAAAACAUGAGAUUGCAUUAUAUAUUUGGCAGAAAGGCAAUGGACCGCAUCUUACUUCAGUGCCUGAGUUUUGUACGGAUGACUUAAACUCAUAUAAGGCUGUUCACUGUGCCACAAUGUUCAGUAACUUCCUACCAGUUUGUGGAGACCCAGUGAAGAAAGAGGAUAUCUUUGUUGCUGUAAAAACAUGCCGAAAAUUUCACAGAGACAGAAUACCGAUUGUAAAGCAGACCUGGGAAGGUGAGGCUGCCCUUGUUGAAUAUUAUAGUGAUUAUGCAGAGACCUCUAUUCCUACUAUAGAUUUAGGAGUACCUAAUACUGAAAGAGGUCAUUGCGGGAAGACUUUUGCCAUUUUGGAAAGAUUUUUGAAUCACAGCUCUUCCAAAACACCGUGGUUAGUCAUUGUGGAUGAUGACACCUUAAUAAGUAUCUUCAGGCUGCGGAAAUUACUCAGCUGCUAUGACCCAAAUGAACCAGUGUUUCUUGGAGAGCGUUAUGGCUAUGGAUUGGGAACAGGAGGAUAUAGUUAUAUCACUGGCGGAGGAGGGAUGGUUUUCAGCAGAGAAGCAAUCCAAAAACUACUUGCUAGUAAAUGCCAGUGUUACAGCAAUGAUGCUCCUGAUGAUAUGGUCCUUGGAAUGUGUUUCAGUGGUUUAGGAAUCCCCAUAACACACUGUCCACUUUUCCAUCAGGCAAGACCAGUGGACUAUCCAAAGGACUACCUUGCUCACCAAAUUCCAAUAUCAUUUCACAAGCAUUGGAACGUUGAUCCAGUCAAGGUGUAUUUCACAUGGCUGGCACCAAAGAUGGAAGAUUCAUUUACUGAAAAGAAACAGAGACGUAUUAGGGAAGAUUUAUAAUAUAUAAAAUAUUUUAAAUCUCAGUAAGAUACUGCAGAUUAGUGAGAGACAGGCUGUACUGUAGUUCUGGUGUUGUGUUGUACUACUUGUCUGCAUUAUUGCAUAGAACACUGAAUGUUUCAAUCCAGUACGUGUUACACUUGUUAGAAAAGAAAGAGGGAACCAGCUUGAUUGUGUGUGUGUGUGUGUGUGUGUGUGUGUGUGUGUGUGUGUGUGUGUGUGUGUGUGUGUGUGUGUGGUUUGAGGAUUUAUUGUCAGAAAUACCUUGAGUUUUGAAUCUUGUGACCAUUAUAUUUAACAUUUUAAAUGUCGUAUAUGGUAUUUUUUGUAUGUUCCCUUUUGGAAUUCUCUGUCAAACACCAGCAAUUCACGUUUCUCUUUUCCUCACUGUCUAGUAGUGGCCUAAGUUCCAUAUGUAGGGGCCUAAUGCUAAAAGGUACUGAAUACCUACACUUCCCAAUGACUUCAGAAGAACUUCUGGGUUCUUGAAAUCAGUCAAAAUCAGGCCUUAGGUAAUGAAAGGGUAGGGAGGUGUGUAUUUUAAUAAACAGCGGUCUGGAAAGAAAACAUCAUGUACUGGACUUUGUAUUGUUUCCAAAUAGAGAUGUUGCAGAUGCAUGGGGUAGAUGACUCCCUUUUGAGUUUGAACUACUAUUGCACUUUUAAACAUGUUAGCUUUCGUAGGAAAUAUCACCCUAGGAAAUCCAAAGGAAGGUCUGGGAUUCUUAAAUUGACUACAAAAUGUCACCAUGGUUCAUUAAGAAACCUAGCUGACAGUUUCUAUCUUUGGCAACUAUAAAGGUUUGUCUCUUAAGGAAUUUUGAAAAUCUAAUGUUUAGAUAUUUAUAAUGUGCACAUCACCAUAGUAUCUAAGUGCCAAGCUAAAAAUUAGUUUGUAACAUCCAUAAUUUAUAUUAUCUACAGCAGGGAUCGGCAACCUUUGGCACGUGGCCCACCAGGGUAAGCACCCUGGUGGGCUGGGCCAGUUUGUUUACCUGCCACGUCCGCAGGUUCUGCCGAUCGCAGCUCCCAGUGGCCACAGUUCACCGCUCCAGGCCAAUGGGGGAGGCGGGAAGCGGCAGCCAGCACAACCCUCAGCACACACCGCUUCCCACAGCCCCCAUUGGCCUGGGAUGGCAAACUGCGGACAGUGGGAGCCACGAUCAGCUGAACCUGCGGACACGGCAGAUAAACAAACCGGCCCGGCCCACCAAAGUUUGCCGAUCCCUGAUCUACAGUAUACAUACUAAAAAUAUACAACUAAGUAAUAUAAUGCGUAUAUUAACAUGUAAAGAGUGCUGCAUAUUUGACUUUCUUUUUUUUCUAUGUAUAAUUCAGUUUUGUAAAGAUAUUUGUAUAAAAUCUGGCUUUAAUAUGUUCUAAACUAAUUUUUAUACAGUAAAGGAUUUUUUCCUUUUAAGACAACAGCAUAUCAUAUAUAUAUGCUGUUAUCUAGCUUUGCUUGCUAUAUUGUAACCAAAUGCAGGGUCUUAAAGCCAUAUUACCAAAAUUGUUUAUUUGUACACGUUUUAAAAUAUUUUCUGUAGUUCAGCACUUGUUUCAGUUCCAAAGUAAUGCAAUACUUACUCCAAGUCUAAAUGGGGAAGUAAUUUGGUAAUCACUGAGAAGGAUGCACAUUUUUGUGAACGUAGCUUGUGGAUUUUUAAGCAUUUGAAUAGUGAUCACAUUCAUAGUGGUUUAAAAUAAUGUUGAAAUAGGUGUAACCAACAUAAUGUAACUUUUUCUAAUCAAUAUCAGUGCCUUGAACAGUAGACAUUUCUACAGAUACCAGAGCUACAUUCUUUGGUACCGUGGAUGUAUUGUUAUUUAGGUUUACUAUUUAGAACUGCGUGAGCCUAAAACUGAAUAAAAACAUACUUGUUUAAA